GGGUUCAGAGAGUACUUACUAGUCUCUAAAAAUGGCAUUAGAAAGGAUUACUAGGACUGCCAGGAGUAGUUAUAGAAGGUCAGGAGUUGCCUAUGCUGGUCAUAAAAAUGAGAAGGAAAUGUUUUCUGAGGGAGCAUCCACGCGCAAAUAUUGUUCUUUACCUUCACUUGAACGUGACGCCAGAAUUAGCAAUUUCUCGUACCUUUCCAGCAUUCCAAAGGUGAAUCAUAGUAGCUUUUAUAGCAGGGGAAUAAGGACAACCCCAAGUCAUCAAUUUCCAUCUGCGGAAAGGAUUGUUGAGGAGUCGGAUUCGGAGUAUAAUGAUCCCAAGUAUCCCGGACUAGAGGCAACUAAGCCAGGUGAAAAGCCAAGAGUUGUUUUACUGGGAACUGGUUGGGCUGCCUGUCGAUUCCUUAAGGGACUAGACACCAAGAUUUAUGAUGUUGUUUGCAUAUCGCCAAGGAAUCACAUGGUCUUCACUCCUUUGUUAGCUUCAACUUGUGUUGGUACCUUGGAAUUUCGUUCAGUUGCUGAACCUGUCACUAGUAUACAAUCUGCACUGGCAACAAGUCCCAACUCAUACUUCUAUCUGGCUUCAUGCUUUGGCAUUGACACAAAUAAACAUGAGGUGUUCUGUGAGACAGUCAGCAACGGUGAUCUGCCACAUGAACCUUACAGAUUCAAAGUUGCCUAUGACAAGCUUGUCAUAGCAGCUGGAUCCGAGCCCUUGACAUUUGGUAUCAAAGGUGUAGAGGAACAUGCAUUUUUCCUCCGAGAAGUGAAUCACGCCCAGGAAAUUAGGAAGAAGCUUCUCUUGAACUUGAUGCUCUCAGAAAAUCCAGGUAUAUCAGAGGAAGAAAGGAAGCGCCUCUUGCAUUGUGUUGUUAUAGGAGGUGGCCCUACUGGGGUGGAGUUCAGUGGUGAAUUGAGUGAUUUCAUUAUGAAAGAUGUCCGUGAAAGGUAUACUCAUAUUAAGGACUACAUCAAAGUCACUCUCAUUGAGGCAAAUGAGAUCCUGUCAUCCUUCGACGUUGGAUUAAGGGAGUAUGCAACCAAACACCUCACUAAGUCUGGUGUUAGCCUUAUGCGAGGUGUUGUGAAAGAGGUGCAUGCGAAGAAGAUAGUUCUUAACAAUGGCACUGAUGUACCAUAUGGCCUUUUGGUCUGGUCUACAGGCGUUGGUCCCUCACAAUUUGUGAAAGCACUUGAUCUUCCCAAGUCCCCUGGUGGAAGGAUUGGUGUCGAUGGUUGGUUGCGAGUUCCUAAAGCGGAAGAUGUGUUUGCACUAGGAGAUUGCGCAGGUUUUCUUGAAGAAACAGGGCAGCCAGUGCUUCCAGCUUUAGCUCAGGUGGCAGAAAGGCAGGGAAAAUUUCUGGUGGAGCUCUUUAACAGGAUUGGGAAGGAGGCAGGUAAGGCCAUGAGCGCAAAAGAUAUUUCUCUCGGAGAGCCUUUCAUCUACAAGCACCUCGGUAGUAUGGCAUCGGUAGGUGGUUAUAAGGCACUCGUUGAUAUGCGCCAAUCCAAGGAUGAAAAGGGCAUAUCCCAUGCUGGAUUUGUUAGCUGGUUCAUCUGGCGCUCUGCUUAUCUUACCCGAGUUGUCAGCUGGAGGAACAGGUUCUAUGUUGCUGUGAACUGGGCUACCACGCUUGUGUUUGGCAGAGACAACUCAAGGAUAGGUUGAAGUAACACAAUUAUAAUAACUUCUGCCUAUUAAUCUACUAAGGCUUAUACUUCCAUACAUGUUAGAACUUAGAGCCAAGUCCUAAGUUGGAACAGGGUUUAUGCUUUUCUUCAACUUUGUUCUCCCUUUAUCAAAUUGGAAUGCGAUUUUGUUUCAAUAUACAGAUGACUGCCAGUUAAAUGCAUCUUAUAUAUGCAACAAAUGAAGUACUCAGUUGCUUUGCGCUACUGAUUUGCUGCAUCUUAAGUUUCUACAAGCCUUCAGUCUCAUUUAUUCAGACACAAAUUAACUCACAAGAAUUUCGGUCUGAAAAUUUACUCCUUGAUUUUGGAUGUUACAUGAAAACAAUCAAGAUUCUUGAUCGACAUACCAGAUCAGAACCAAGAUAGACCAGAUACAAAUCACUAAUCCUUAAACUACAAAAAAAAUUGUACAACCUUUGAUGCACAAAACAAUAGCUUAAACUCACAAAAAGAAAAAUAAGAAUCAAACAGAGACCAAUCAGCUAAGAGAAAUGAUGAGCAGCAGCAGCACCACCAUGACGGAGGCUAGUGUGAGAGAACAUAGCAGAAACAGAGUGGAGCAGAAUCCCAACUAUGACCAUCUUCACCUGACCCCUCUUGGGGAUCAUACGGCAAGAAAUCCUAUGAGACAAGCUCCCACCGUUGAUCAUAGCACUCCUUGCACCUUCCAUCUAGUUUUUGCUUGAAUAUCCAAAAGAACUCACUGAAAUUGAGAAAGAGAGUAAGAAGAAAAGCUUGAAACUUUGAAGCUGUGUUUGAGUUUGUGAUUCUGGGUCGUCUUGCUUAUGCUUUAUAUAGUGCUCAAACACCUGUAGACCACCUCAUCAGUGUGCUUUCAUUUUUUAACGUUGCUCGUAGAAUUUGACUGCAAUUUUGUUUGACAAGGACAAACUUGACUCUCCCAAGUUGGUCACGUUCAAUGUGAACACUGGUUUUGCUGUCGGGUUUCCAUUAUAAAAAGGGCCAAGUUUGUAUCGAAAAAAACUUUGAAUUCACCA